AUGAUUGAAUGGUUUUCUAAUUUUACUGGUGAAGGACCAGUACGUAAUAUUCGUAAUAUGUAUACUCAAGUUGAUUCACAUAUUCCAAUACGUUUUCGAGAAGAUCUUGAUACUGGUUAUAUUGAUUUUCAUGAUUAUGUUGAAGGUCCUAUUGAUAAAACGAUAUUUACAUCAAUUAUUAAUGGUUAUAGUCCUUGUCAUCAAGGUCAUGGACAUAGUGGAAAUAGUGAUAAAAUAUGUACUAGAUACAAUUCACAAACAUAA